CAUUUAUUUACUUCCGGUUCAAAAUUUUCACAUGUGCUCACGUAUUUUUAUUUAACGUUUAUUUGAUAAAUAUACUUUUCUGGGCAUUUAUACCUAACGAAGAAGGAAAAUGGAAGUUGACAACUAUUUGGAAUCUGAGAUGUGUUUGAUCGAAUGGCGUUUCGACAUAGAUAAAAGAGCAAUAGAUUGUGAAACAUGCAGCUUAUUUGUUUCAUUGCUGAACAGUGAAUAUGAACGUGUGUUGGAUGAUGACUGUUCAGCUGACUUCCUCAAAGAGUCUGAUGUGGAGGAAGAUGCAAAACUCAGGGACAUUAUUCAACAAGGAAUCGAUGAUACCAUGAGAAAUCAUAAAAGUAAUCAUAUGGAGAAUCGUUUGCUGUCUACAGGUAUAGCAGCCCUUCAGCUGUUUGUACAGAAUAACUGGAUAGGCCCACCAUCAACCUCCAAACCCAGUGACUACUUUGAGGUUGAGGAAGAGCAGCUGGAUGCAUUCAGAGAAGACGCAAUCAGUGAUUUGUCAAUAGAUGGUGACACUGUCUACCCGAUAUGCAAGGAUAUUGAAUAUAUGUACCUGGCGAAGAUAAUCCUACAUGACAACAGACAUCACCUCAAGGAUACACAUACUGGAGACUGGUGGUUGCUAAGGCUGAUUCGUGUAUGGCAACAGUUGAUUGAAGAACGCUCUCCAACACUGAAGAAAUUGGCAAUGGAAAUCAUAGAACAAAAAAAAUCCAUGGUUAAAUUGCUGAGUGAUACAGGAUAUAAAAAUGCUGCUGUACGUUUCAACCUUGAGGCUGGCUACAUGUGCAAUUUUUACUAUGAGAGAACUAGAGGCAAGCAACAUUUCGCUGAUGCUGAAAACAUUGCUGGUCUUCACAUAGAAACAACAGGAGAGCUGGGAAAGAGAACCAAAUGGCAAGAAACCGAGUUACCGCAACUUGUACUAAACGUAACUAGAUCUCACAAUCAACUAAAGCCUCCAAAUGAUAAGCCUCCGAAAAAUAUGCCACGGAACCUUGCAUUGAAUGAUGACACAGUCCUAGAUCAGAUACAGCUAAAUAAGGAAGUCAAUAUAUGUGAGCUUUCAGGAUUGGAUGAAGCUGUUGUAUUGGCUAAAUGUUCAGAUUUAAAAAGUCUUCAUGAAAGUCAAAGUGACCUGAUAAAAGAGGAAAUCCUGGCACAUACUAAUUGUGUGCUAUCACAGGAACGUAGUUGGGUUGUUCAAACAGCAGCGUUGCUUGAAAGAACAAAGUGGGAGAGUGAGAAUGUGCGUCGUAUGGAACGUUCAAUGACACAACUAGAGGAACUGAUAAACCAAGUGAAGAGAGAAGAGCCACAAUCAUACAUAAUCUACCAGUCACAGAAGAUGGAUCUUUUCUAUAGUGUUAGCCUUCCUCCCAAAUGGAAAACUGAGAAAACGCUUGCUGAUUUCUUUAUAAAGAUAGGAACAGUGAAAGCAGCAUUAGAGAUCUAUGAGAGACUGCAAAUGUGGGACAAUGUCAUUGUUUGCUACGGCGCCCUUGGCAGAGUAGAGGCUGCUGAGAAAAAGAUCAGGGAGCAACUAUCUGUGAAAGAAGAACCCAUGAUGUACUGUUACCUUGGUGAUGUCACUGAAGACCCCUCGUACUAUGACAAAGCUUGGGAAAUGUCAAAUCACAGAAGUUUCCGCAGUAUGAGAUCCAAGGCGACUUAUCUAUUUCGUAAAGGAAAGUUUGAAGAAUCUCUGUCAUGUUUUGAAGCUUCUCUACAAGCAAAUGCUCUACAGUCAGGGUGUUGGUUCACAUAUGGUUGCGCUGCUAUGUCUGCGGGAAACUUUGAGAGAGCCGCUAAAGCAUUCCAACAAGGUAUCAAUCUGGAUGACGAUAACUUUGAGGCAUGGAACAACCUGUCCAGUGCAUACAUUAAACUAGGACAAAAAAAGAGGGCGUUUAUGACAUUAAAGGAGGCAAUUAAGGGGGCAUAUGAGAACUGGCGGGUCUGGGAGAACUACCUUGUGUGUGCCUUGGAUAUAGGGGAGUUUUCUGAUGGAGUAAUGGCGUACCAUCGUUUGUUGGACAUCAAAGAGAAAUAUGCAGAACCCGAUCUACUAAAUGUGCUUGUACGCGCAGUUGUUGAGAACUUUUCUGAUGCCCAUGGUAAUCCUGCCUCUGUUCUCAAACCCAAAGUAAUUGAACUUUUUGGGCGUGUUACCUCAAAGCACACAAAUGUUGGAAAGAUCUGGAAGCUCUAUGCACAGUUACAUAACAGUGAGAAGACCAUGAGUUUUGAGAAGCACCAGAAGGUUGUGGAGUUACUACAGAAGGCACAUAGAUGUGCUGUAACUGAAAAAGCCUGGGAGAAGGAUAUGGCCAAGUGUAAUACUAUUGGAGCAAAUGCUCUGGAGUUAACAAUAGAGUAUAUGAAAUGCAGUAACCACAAGGAUAGUAAACCUAAAGACUCUUUGCAGAUGUUGUCUUCAGCCAAACUUAUGAUCAAUGGUCUCCUUAGUAAAAUUAAGCAAAACCAGAUAGGCAUAGAUGGUGAACUGAAUGCAGAUGUGAAAGACACUGUCAACAAACUAACACAACAACAACAGGACAUUGCAGUUGCUAUAGACACCAUAAAAGCAACAAACUCAGGAUAG